AUGUCUCAAUCGGCGUUAGGUGUAUCUGCUGCUGAGCGGAGAUACUCCGUACCCUCACAACCCAUGAUGCAAGAUCCGAGGGGAAUGCAUUCAGAGGAUUUACACGCCUGGUCCAUAUACAGGCAAAACUUAAACUCCGAUUUCACCGACAGUGCCUUAGGCAGUACUGAUAAAAGUCCUCUACCUUACGGGAAUUUUCAACUUCGCGAUACAACAGUACAAUCUAUACUAUCACAUCCCAGAUAUGGACCUAAAUCGGCUCUCGGAUCUAAUAUGUAUACAUAUCUUAAAUUCGGUUUGCCGCGUGUUUUUCCACCGAACCACAAUGGAUCACAACGAUCAGGGACGCCGAAACCUAAAACAUCUAUUGGAAGCGGAAUGAAAUCCGUACCAAGAAUCCAAAGACAACCUCGUGGUGCCAGAGAAAACUCUUCAGGAUACGAUAGUUCUGAUAACGAAACGUCAACCAAUUAUAAAUACAGUCGCAAGUAUAGAUCGGACCCAGAUUUCAGAAUGCAAAACCUACAUCCAUCUUACCAGCAUGCAACUGGAGUUCCUCUAGUGGCUAUGCAACAAGCAGGUAUAAGAGAAUCUCAUUGGACUAGUACAAGGAAUAAGUCAGUGAGUGAAGCGAAUCUGCUAGGAAUAGAUUCAAGACCUACUCGCUCCUACGGACACAGGAGAAGUAGUGUCGUGGAUUAUGUACCCGAUAAUGAUCACCAAAGUUAUCUAAUGCCGUCCUCUCAUCUCGGAGGUCGAAUGUCCAAGGCUGGUAGUCACAUGUCCCUAGCUCACUCAAGAAAACAUUCAACUCUCCGACCUGGUGAUCAUUUAGAUGGUUACACGCAUUCUGCGUACAUCUAUCCUAAUUACUACGUAAAUAAUUUAGAAAUAACGUCGCCGGAAAAUAAAUCGACGCUACUUGUGUCGGGGCUGAGUUUCGAAGUUAAGUCUGGUGAAAUAUUAGCUGUGCUAGCGACCUCACAGCAGGAGGCGACUGGCUUACUGGAUGUACUGGCUGGAGUUAGGAAAAAGCUGUCAGGCGACAUAGUUCUGAACGGCCAGCCGGUCGCGUCUCCCACGCUCCGUAAGGUGAGCUCGUACGUUCGCUCCGACACUUGUCUGUGUGGAGACAUGUCUGUAGAACACACGCUCAGGUUCCACGCUACGCUGCGGGCUCCGAGACACAGACACGCGAAGAUGGAUGACAGAGAUCGGAUAAACCUCCUAAUCGAGGAAUUAGGUCUGGAACAAGUUAGAGACACAAACGUGGAGCGUCUAACUCGCUCGGAGAUCAGACGCCUGAACGUGGCGUGUCAGCUGUUAGUUGACCCGGCGGUGUUGAUCCUCGACCAGCCAGCCAAAGACAUGGACAUUUUUGACACGUUCUUCCUGGUGGAGUACUUGAGGAACUGGGCCAGCAGCGGACGAGUCGUCAUCAUGUCCAUACAUCCGCCCACUUAUGAAAUAUUUGCUAUGUUGACUAAGGUGGUGCUUAUUUCCGCGGGUCGGACCAUGUUCAGUGGCUACAGAAGGGAUAUGUUGCCAUAUUUCGCUUCCAUAGACUAUCCGUGUCCCGCCUACAAGAACCCUUCUGAUUACUAUCUUGAUCUAGUGACGCUAGACGACCUCUCCCCGGCCGCCAUGUUGGAGUCUUCAGGUCGUAUCGAGUCUCUGUCCGGAGUGUUCCAGGGCGCGCACUCCCCCCCAGAGCCGCCACCCCCCGUGCCUCUCCCCGCGCCUGUCCGACGAGCUAACGUGUUCGUUCAAGUAUUCGCUAUGCUGGAAAAAUCAUUGCUGUACACCCAAAUGUCGACGUUAUGUAACGUGAUCACGCGGAUCCUCAUAGCAGGCGUCAUGUCCAUCAUCACUGGCGUUGUGUUCUGGGACCUGCCCGCCACCGACCCUAAGUUAACCCUGAACGACCGUAUUGGUUUCCACUACUCGGUGCUAUGCGUGUGUUUGUUCCCGAGCCUCGUGUGGACUAGUCGCGAGGCGGCUUCAACCCGCCCGCACGUCGAGAGAGACAUCGCCAGCGGACUUUACUCACGGACAUUGUUCAUACUAUACGAUCAAUUCAUGGAGCUAUGGUCGGCUACAUUGACGUGGUUGGCGUAUUUAGUCCCGAGUUACGCUAUGAGCGGUCUGUACGCACAGACAGCGGGCUCCUUCGACGGGUUCUACAUUUAUUUAGGUUACAUGUUAUUAUAUCUGAUAAGCGUCCAAAUGUUAUGUCGCGCGACAGUAUUCGUGAUAGGCAAGGAGAAGUGUUCCGUAGCGUUAUCUUGUUUCUGUUUGUUCCUCACGACACUCGUGAACGGCGUGAUGCUGCAUCAACUAGACUUACCUUUCUACGUGAAAUGGCUGGAAUACGUGUCACCUUCAAAAUGGACGAUACCGGAGAUACUGAAGCGAGAACUGAGCGAAGUCGCGCUGAGAUCUAGUAUAAGCAAGGACUUGAGAUGUACGAAUAAACAGCGUCAACACUUGGAGAUCAUAGUACAAUCAUCAUGUCCGCUGCCCAACGGAACCCAAGUAUUAUCUAACUACGCCUUCCUCGAUUCAGACCACAUCUAUCAGUUGACAGAAGACACUUUCCUAAUCGCUUUAUCUAUUUUCUACGCUGUAUUCGCUCUAGUCGCCAUAUUUGCGUUUAUUUUCGAUUGUACCGACUAUGUUAAAAGCAAAGAACGAACGUCGCGUAAAGGUUACAAAGUAACCCCCAACACGCCCUAG